UUUUCGUCUGCCUGCCGUUUCUUAUGGUUUUGUCAGUAGGCAAGUAGAAUUUCCCCUUUUGCGCCCACUGUUAUCGAGUGGCCUUCAUAGCGGUUUUAUAUUUUACGUGUUAAAGCCUGAUUUUCUUUUAGCUUUAAGUAAUUGAUUUUAUUUUGUCUAUGUAUAUGUUGGAUGUUAGGUCGGUUAGCCUACAUAGGCUAUGCCUGCGUUUUCCUCAUGAUCCUUUAUUCGCUAGGAUACGCUGGUCACGUGAUCGUCACCCCAUCAGCCCUCCCUUCCUCCCCCUCACGUGGGGCCCCCAGUAGUUGGGUGCUCCUCUCGCUCAGGUUGUUGCCGACGACCGUUCCCAUCAGUGGAGGGGGGUGUGUAGAGGGUCCUCCAGGACCUUAGGUUGGUGGGAGUCGCUUCUCAGCUGACCACCUUCGGAGUUGAUGGUUGCUCUGCGUAUUCAGCCUCGGUUUCCGUGGAUUAGUUGCGCUCUGCUUCUUUCAGCUCUCGGAGCUUACAUCCAUCCACCUAAAACAUUCCCUCCCCGCAUAAGGCGGGUUUAGAUUCCGGCUCCUCCGGUAGUCGUUGAGGGCUAUGUUUACGGAAGUUACUCUUCCGUGGGCGGAGAUAUUACAUUUGUUAUUUUAGUUUUCAUUUUUUAUUUUAUUUUCUUUUCGUUUUGCCACGGAACUUGCGAGUUCAUGUGGCCAUCCCGGGUUACUUCGUGUACCCCCCCCCUGGGUCAUACAGUUCCGGGUUGUUUUAUUUCUUACACAGUCCCCGGGACGUAAAUAUAUGAAUAUAUAGUAUAUAUUUUAUAUUGUUUCAGUCCGGAAUGCUCCGGCAUAUUACAUUAUUUUCAUAAUUAUCCUAAUAAGUUUGUGCAAUUGUUCUUAUAUAUUAUUGUACUUACAGGCCACUCAGUGUCUGGUUGCCGGCUGUAAUGCUACUCUGCAAGAUCCGUGCGGCCAUGCCCCGUGCGCAGUGUUGCUUACAGAUUCCGUAGUCUGGCAUCACGAAAACUGCUUUGCCUGCUACGACUUGGUACAACAGGUUACCUCUUCGGCGGAGCUGUCUGUUAAGGAUGCUGCACUCUCCACCCUCAAGAUCUGGGUUGGAGGGUUUGGACGGAACGUAGGGAAGGCUAAGCCGUAUAUUCUGUCUCAAGAUAUGGCAGCUUUGAUCUUCCCAGUCGGGAAAUCUGCCGGAUACGUUGACCCAAAAGUAGCAGCACCAAUUAUCAAAUCAAUCCAAGAUUCAGUUAUGGGACAGCAAGAGGCAGAGUUGCCGGACCUUGGUUUGGAAGGAGUCUCACUUAAAGUGGUUGAGGAUUUGCCCGUUACACUAGAUAUGGGUACAGGUAACAGUGUUAAUGAGGCUAGCUUAGUUGGUCACCGGGGUCUUUCCUCGAUUGAAUCUGAUUCUUCCUCUCCCUCUACUUCCAAUUCCUUCAUGGGUUUCACAGGAGGAUUGCCCCCUUCCAGGUCGCAUUCCUUCUCUGUGAUUCCUAAAUUAAAAAAAAAAACCUUCAGGUAAAACCUUGCUUAAAGGCAAAUCAGAGACAAAGCCAAGGCCUGGGCAGGUGCCAGAGGUUCAUACACAUAUUAAACCUAGGAUGAAGUCUCUUUCUAAGUCUUCAAAUCCAAGGUCUCAAGGAGGGAAUUCUUCCCAUUGCCCCACAAGUCCCAUUUCAUCAACGUCUAGGGAUCGGAUACCUCAUAAGGUACCGCAGGGGGGGGCAGGAGGAUUCCCCUUUGGUUGGCCAAGACCUGUUCAACGCGAAUAUUUCAAAUCAGGUCAGUAGCCUUGGUAGCUUAGUCAGUUCAGUUGCAGCAAGGUUUGAAGAAGUGUUUAAGAGAUUAGGUGCACAGGACUCCCUGAUUGCAGGUCUCAGACAGGAGUCGGCAGUUCCGGCACCUCCUAGUAACUUGGUGCAAGGUCAGAGCAUGCCUGACGGGUCCACGCUCCCUCCGUUCCACCCUGGUAAUCCUUGGAGGGUGGCGAACUUCGCUCCGUUUGUCAACGGGAUGUUGACUAUAGAAGGUUGUGGCACACGUAGACUCGAGGAUUUCAAGUUCUUCCCUGAAGGGUUACAGCCUCCAUUUAUAGGUUAUGUUAGUCUUAUGGAGGCAGCUCUGAUUAGAGAGGAUAAGGUCCCCAAGGAGACUGUUAUCCUUUCUAGAGAUCAGGCUCAGCAAGCAUGGAUACGGAGCCUAGAAGAGUGGAACUGCUCAAAUACUAGGGUAACAGCAUUUAAAAGCCCUUUCACAAUGUUUACGACUGAUGACGGGAAUCCCUUACCUUUUAUAUCAAAGGUAGCAGAACUUACCCUUCAGGCAGUGACUCGGGAAGAGCCCAUGCCCCAGCUUAGGGAGACAGAUCCCACAUCAUUGCCACUCCCAGGUAGGGAGGAUUUGUGGGAGGAUUUGCCGGCUACAUUCUCGGUAGGCAAGCUGAAGCCAGACUGUGCAAUCACCUUGUUUAGUGAGCGCCUCCCUAAGCUGUCAGACGCACUGAUCCAAGCCAAAUUUGAUGCUAGGACACGUCUCGCAAGGUCUCUUAACUCCCUAGUGAUGAGAGAGACGGCGGCUCUGGAGUACGCUCAGGAGCCGCUGUUUAAGGUCAUUGCGAAGUCGUUACUUUUGGGCAUGCAAUGUGACUUGUACAACUUUGCGGUUGCUAGGAGAAAUUGCAGGAACAUGUUCUAUCUGAGGCUACGAUCAGGCACGAACCCAACAAGCUUCUGGCUUCCUCAAUCUGGGGUGCAGAUCUCUUCCCAGCUUCGGCAGUGAAUGAGGUUCAGAACGAGGCAUCACGUCUUAAUUAAAGCAUCAGGUUGCGUUGGGGCAUUCCUUUCAAAAGGAAAUUAGAGUCUUCUUCCUCCAGCUUUAGGGCUAGGAAGAGGCAAAGGAGGUUCCAACCUUUCCAAGUUCCGCAACAGAAUCCUGUGCUACAAGCUGUACCAAUUCAGCAAGUAUCCCAGCCUUCGGCUUCUAAGGCUCAGCCUCAGCAACAGCAUCAAUUUGUCUUCCUUUCGCCGUCGACUAACCAACAGGUUCCCCCACAGUAUUCAGUGUCGCCUGCUUUUAACCCAUUCUAUGAGAGUCGGGCAUUUCACCCCUUUACCAGGGUUGCUAGGGGUGGCAGGGCUAGAGGAUCCUUUCGUCAGCGUGGAGGAGCUAGAGCCCAAGGGCGAGCUAGAGGUGCAAGGUCAGGAAGAGGAUCCCGACCCUCAUCAUCUCAAUGAAGUUUCUCAGGUAGGAGGCAGGCUGUACCUCUUUCGACAUCGUUGGGGGUUCAGCAGUUGGGUGAAAAGCAUAGUAUCCAGGGGCCUAGGCUGGAGUUGGAUCAAGGGUCCUCCUCCACCCAUCACCUUCUAUCAGGAACCAACGCAAGAGUUGAUGGAUUACUCCAGGGACCUUCUCCAGAAGGGAGCAUUCUCCAGGACAAAGAACUUGAAAUUUCAGGGUCGUCUAUUCAGUGUCCCAAAGAAAGGGACCGACAAAAGGAGGGUGAUCUUAGACUUGUCCCGUUUAAACUUGUACAUUCGUUGCGACAAGUUCACCACCUCUAUAGAUCUUACAGACGCCUAUUAUCAUGUCCCGAUAGCUCGGCACUUCCGACCAUUCCUGGGCUUCAAACUAGGGAAAGAAGCCUACUCCUUCAAGGUGAUGCCCUUCGGGCUGUAUAUAGCUCCAAGGGUUUUCACGAAACUGGCGGAGGCAGUGGUGCAGGAGCUAAGGUCUCAGGGUAUAUUGGUGGUGGCGUACCUAGACAACUGGCUAAUCUGGGAGAUGGACAAAGACAAGUGUAUGAAAGCCACGGACAAGGUCAUGUCUUUCCUGGAAUGUAAGGUUCAAGAUCAACAGGGCCAAGUCCCGGUUGACUCCGGAGUCCAAGUUCCAGUGGCUAGGUAUCCAUUGGGACUUGGAUUCACACACUCUUUCCAUUCCAGCAGGGAAGAGGAAGGUGAUUGCCAAGGCAACAAGACAAUUCUUAAAAUGCAAAAAGACUUCGAGAAGGAAUCAGGAGAGAAUCCAAGGCUCGCUCCAGUUUGCCUCGGUCACAGACGUUCUGUUGAAAGCCAAGCUCAAGGACAUCAAUCGAGUUUGGCGUUCAAAGGCCAAUGCCAAGUGUCGGGACAAGUUCGCCCGGAUACCUCUGAUUCUCAGGAAACGUCUGCUCCCAUGGGCAAAGGCCGCAAGCCUAGCCAAAGAGUUACCGUUGCAGUUCCCUCCCCCGUCCCUAGUGGUGCAUACGGACGCAUCACUGACAGGUUGGGGAGGUUAUUCACAGCACGAGAAGGUUCAGGGAACUUGGUCACAUCAGUUCCAAAAGCUUCAUAUCAACAUCUUGGAAGCUAUGGCAGUGUUUCGGACUUUAAAAAAGCUCCGUCCUCCGAAGAAGACUCAUAUCAAGUUGGUUCUCGACAGUGCGGUAGUGGUACACUGUAUAAACAGAGGUGGUUCAAAGUCAAGUCAUGUGAACCACGUGAUGAUAGCAAUUUUUUCUCUUGCAGCCAAGAACACCUGGCAUCUAUCAGCUACCCAUCUGGCAGGAGUCCACAGUGUAGUAGCAGACGCACUGUCUCGAUCAGUCCCCCUGGAGUCAGAAUGGUCACUGGACCAGGAAUCCUUCAAGAGGGUUUGCAGGAGAGUACCGGGUCUGGAAGUAGAUCUGUUUGCUACAGAGGCAAACCACAAGCUGCCUUGUUACGUAGCCCCAAAUCUGGACCCUCUGGCAUACGCUACGGACGCCCUGAGUAUAGAUUGGAACCAGUGGAGGAAGGUUUAUUUAUUCCCUCCAGUGAACCUUCUCCUGAAGGUGCUGCACAAGUUGAGAUCCUUCGAAGGUCAGGUGGCUCUCAUAGCUCCUCACUGGCCCAAGAGCAAUUGGUUUCCCCUUCUCCUGGAACUAGGUCUUCGUCCUCACCCUCUCCCGGACUUGAGGCUGUCGCAACAAGUUCAAACGAGGACUAUGUUCGAUUCCUCAGGUCUUCACAAAACCCUAACUUUAUGGAUUUCAUGAAGUUUGCAGGAUUAACUCCUGAAAACCAGCCCAAGAGGAGCUUUUAUUAG